GAAUGCCAGUCAACAGCGUCCUUUGCCAUUUUUCUUCCGACUUUUCAUUGGGCCUCAUAUUGCAAGAUAUCUAAGAAUGCGAAGACUUAUGAACGAGGCCAGGCGACAAAACUUGAUGGCACAUCGUCGUCAGGACAACGCGAACACAAGUUCCAACUCAUCUGUUGUGCAACGCUCGUCGGUUUCAGAAACCUACU